CACGCACCCAUACACACAUACAUGUUGAUAGAUGAAACCUGGAAGUCGACCAGCAGUGUGAGUAACGGUAAAGCCGCCUGUCGUCCCUCUUCUCCGGUUCUCUUCCUUCUCCUCCGGUCCUUCGUGUCUGCAGCACCGACCAUUCACAAUGUCUCUGCCCGCCGUGUCCCGUCUGUUCAGGAGCGCGCUGAGGACGCAGCUGGUCCCUGUGGCUAACCUGACGUCCAAACCUGCCAAACACACUGUCACUGCAGGGGAGCAGGUCAUAGCUUUGACAGCCAUGUUUGUGGCCAUCCUGGGCCCCUCCGGCUGGAUCCUGGCUCACCUGGAGGACUACAAGAAGAAGCAGUAGAUAUCACACCUGAAGAUGCUGAUGACAGUAGCCGCUCUGUCAACCGAGCCUCCCUCCACAUCUCAUUCUGCUGUGUUUCUCAUAAACAGAUGAGAUUCACUUGUUCCUUCCUACCCACCUCCUCUGCACCUGUCAAUCUCUUACUAAUAAAUUAAUGCUCAAUACAUAGA